CCGCGUGUGAAGCCAAACAUUAUACGUCAUCAACAGGAGACAGUGCAGCGCUGCACGACAGCUCAUGCCAUAUAUUUUGAACUUAACUGCACUGUAUUUGCAAUCUUUAAUGUUUUUAAAGAAAUAAAUUGAAACUCCAGCGUAUCCACGUGCUUUAAACUGACACCACCGCGGUGGUAGUCUUUAUUUUGCUCGUGACAUAGUCUGUGAUCUUUUAUAAACCGGAUAAGAUGGUUCAAUUACAGUACAGCUACAAAAAGCUAUUUCAAAUAUAUACAUUUUCCUCAAAUAUUAUAGGCAGAUCGCUAUUGCCUAGCAGAUUUGUUCCAUCACAUCAAAAUAGCCAGGAAAUUCGUUUCAAGACUUCAGGUGCUGGUGAACGAGCUCUACAGGAGAGACAGAGGCAGCACAUGGCACGAGGUUUGCCAAAACAGAAGCCAAUAGCUGGAGUGAAGGAGGUCAUUGUUGUUGCAUCGGGGAAAGGAGGGGUGGGAAAGUCCACAACAGCAGUGAAUCUUGCUCUUGGACUUAUGGCUAAUGAUCAGAGUAAAUCAGUGGGUCUUCUAGAUGCUGAUGUUUAUGGCCCUUCAGUUCCCAAGUUAAUGAACCUAAAAGGAAACCCUGAAUUAACAGACAAUAACUUGAUGAGGCCACUUGUAAAUUUUGGAAUUUCUUGCAUGUCAAUGGGCUUUCUGGUUGAAGAGGUGGCACCUAUUGUGUGGAGGGGUCUGAUGGUGAUGUCAGCUAUUGAGAAACUCAUUAGACAGGUAGACUGGGGGAAUCUGGAUUACCUUGUGAUUGAUAUGCCACCUGGAACCGGAGACGUCCAACUGUCUAUAACUCAGAACAUUCCUAUAGCAGGUGUUGUGAUAGUGUCCACUCCUCAAGACAUUGCCUUGCUAGAUGCACGAAGAGGUGCUGAGAUGUUCCGAAAGGUUAACGUUCCGGUACUGGGUUUGGUUCAAAACAUGAGUGUUUUUCACUGUCCCAAAUGCAAUCAUCAAACACACAUUUUCGGCUCUGAUGGGGCUAAAGAGCUGGCUCAUACCCUCGGUGUUGAGAUGCUUGGAGACAUUCCUCUUCAUCUUAGCAUUAGAGAGACAUCAGACAAAGGACAGCCUGUGGUUGUGUCGUCCCCAAAUAGCCCAGAAGCCGAAGCUUACAGAAGAGUUGCAGCAGCAGUAGUACGGCGACUGGGAAGCAUCUAAGUUAAAUGACUUCCAGAUACAAUGUAGUCUUGGUGACCUGAGGAAAAUGUCAGUAUUGUAUAUCAUUGCCUCCUAAUCAACUUAUUUGCCCAUUUAAAUUGGUAUCACAUGCCUAUUAGAAUGUUAUAAUUUAUCUUAUUUAUAUACAGACAUACUGUUAAUGUUAUUUACAGGCAUUAAAAAAAACUCACAUUAAUAAAAUAAUUUUGAGUUUGAAAAGUUUGGGAAAUCACAGAUUACUUUAAAUUCGCUAAUGUAGUGGCCCUUUUAAUGUACAAAUCUAAGAUGUUUAUCUUUUCCCUCAAGAAUAGUUGUGUUUACCUGGAAGGAACUGAGAUAAAGCGCAAAUUUAGUGCUGCUUCAGAUGAAGAUGCUCAUUACAGGUCUUAGCCACUUGAUGGCACUGCAAAUGUAUUCCGCAUCUUAUUGUGCUUUGUGUUUGAUUUAUAGUGAAACAAGCUAAAUGAGGUCUUUCAGUUAAACUGUGACUUUUCCUAUUAUGAUAGUUAACAUGAUUGGACUCUUACUUAACUCCAUUUAAUAAAGAAAAAUGGUUCCAGUCCAGUAGGAAAGUGGGAUGAAGUUUUCACGGGAUGAGAAAAACAGGGUCACUUCCUGCAUAUUUUCAGAGUACCCUUGACUCAGCUGAAACAGCCGUAUUCAGUCCACCCCUGUGUAACAGGCCAGACAGACCAGUCUGUGAUUCAUCACCGCAAUGAAGCUAUUCUGCUUUCUUUUAGUCUCAAUUGCUUAACUGUUCCCAGAAGAACGACCCCGGGGUUUCAGCUGUACAAUGACCUCAGCUGAAUUUGGACAGUUACACAUUUGGUGUUAUUUAUUUUCUCUUUGUUUUCAUUAUAAAUAAAGCGCUAUCCCGAUAACAUGCUUUGUCUGAUGAUGUCACUGAGUGCAGUGGUGUGACUCACACUGCCUUGAGUGUGUCAUUGAGGUGUGUAAAAGGGCAAAUAAACAUCCAUUCAUAUAGAGAUGUGGAAUUCACCCAAA